AUGCCUUGUGGUUCAGGCUGUUGUGGCGGGCCCAAGGAGCCUGUCCCUACCAUCAAUCCCAAUCUUGAGGAAAAGGACGAUGGCUGUGGCGACGAUAGCUGUUCCCCCGACAGGCCCGUCAACAAUGACGGCUUCACCUCUGGUGCCGUUCCUCAGGACAAUCCCCGCGAGGGCAUCGCUGGCAAGCAAUCCGAAGACGAAGACAUUGCUCCCCGUGACGACUGCUACGCACCCAAGCCCAUAGCUGACGUUACUUGCGUCAAGGGCUGCUGUUCAAAGCCCGUGUCCCAACCGCCAAAGGCUCCCGCGAACUCUUCAGACGCGCCUCCCUGUUGUGAAGGCAAGGCAUCCCCUUGCUGCGAUGCUACCUGCAUCGAGCGUCUUGCUCUCCGGGAGUGCAAAAGCGGCGAUUCUGUAUUGCCCAAGACCGAGCCGGGCUCAACUUCCGAGUGCCAUCGAGGAAGGGAUGGAAGAGCAUGUGACGAGCAUUCACAGAAAGCUCGACGACGUUACCAGGAUAAACUGGAGGCCAUAGGAUGCAUCUGCCGAGCGUUGAUCGCACUUGGUCAGGAAUCAUGCUGCAAGCCCACCAAUCGAGCGCCUCGGAAGACGUUUCGUUCCUCGCGCGCAACGUCCUGCGGGUCCUCGAUCGACUCCUGUUGCGCACCGAAAAGCCCUAUCUGUAGCUCAACAGACAAGGCUUCCUGUGCCGAUGGUUGCUGUGGCGGACCAAAGUUAGAAGAGUUUGUAGAAACGGUCGAGGAGGUAUUUCCCAAAGUACCUGGACACGUCGACCCAGAGAAGGGCCUUGCGGGUAGGGAGCAUGUCAUUCUCAGCGUGUCGGGGAUGACUUGUACUGGGUGCGAGACGAAGCUUAAGCGAACGAUCGGGAAGCUGGACUCCGUCCUCAACCUCAAGACGAGUCUCGUGCUUGCCAGGGCCGAAUUCGACUUGGAUCCACGGACCGUAUCCGCUGGCGACGUCAUCAAGCAUCUUGAACGCACGACAGAGUUCAAAUACGAGCGUGUAACGAACCAGGGCUCCAGUCUUGAUCUCAUUCCCCCCUCGGACCCAAUAAGUUUCGUCAAGGGUCAAUGGCCGGAUGGCGUCACUGACGUACGACUUGUAGACAAGAAGAUCAUCCGUGUCGAUUAUGAUGCGAAGAUAUGCGGUGCGCGCCAUCUCCUCGACAAGGGCUGGGACGUUCCUAUGCAGCUUGCCCCGGUUCGCGCAGAUCCUACGCUGGAUGCAGGGAGCAGGCAUGUCCGCCAUUUGGCCCUCAUGACUCUCCUCUCUGCGAUUUUCACCAUUCCUGUUCUCGUUUUGGCAUGGGCGCCUCUCCCAGAGAGAGAGACCGCGUACGGCUCCGCUUCGCUGGCCCUUGCGACUAUCGUGCAGGUAGUCAUCGCCGGACCUUUCUAUCCGAAAGCGUUCAAGGAUCUCAUCUUUUCCCGAACGGUUGAACUCGACAUGCUCAUUGUUCUGAGCACAAGCGCUGCCUACAUCUUCUCCGUUGUCUCCUUCGGCUACCUUGUUGCGGGAAACCCUCUGUCAACCGGCCAGUUCUUCGAAACCAGCACGCUACUCGUGACGCUCAUUAUGGUCGGCCGAUUCUUUGCUGCACUCGCCCGCCAAAAAGCCGCCGAGUCCAUCUCGAUCCGCGCACUACAGACGAAGACCGCUCUCGUCAUCGAUGAAGCACGCGUUGAAAAGGCGAUCGACGCAAGGCUUCUUCAAUAUGGAGACGUCUUCAAGGUAGUCCCGGAUACCCAGAUUCCGACAGACGGCACCGUCAUCUCCGGACACUCUGAGGUCGACGAAUCCAUGAUCACCGGCGAAUCGACUCCCGUGGAGAAGCAGCCCAAGUCGGCCGUCAUUGCUGGCUCCAUUAAUUGUUCCGGUACUCUCACGGUCAGACUCACACGGUUGCCUGGGGACAAUACGAUUAGCACUAUCGCGUCCAUGGUCGAUGAGGCAAAGCUGUCGAAGCCAAAGAUCCAGGACAUCGCGGAUCGCGUCGCCAGCUACUUCGUGCCUGUAGUGGUCACGUUGACAAUCAUCACGUUCAUCAUCUGGAUCGCAGUCGGCGUCGCUGUACGGAAUCAGUCUGGAUCCGAGGCUACGAUCCAAGCCAUCACUUACGCCAUUACAGUCCUGAUUGUCUCAUGCCCCUGUGCCAUAGGUCUGGCGGUGCCGAUGGUCAUAGUCAUAGCGUCCGGGGUUGCAGCGCAACAUGGGGUCAUCUUCAAGUCUGCGGACAGCAUCGAAGUAGCGUACAAGACGACAGACAUGGUUUUCGACAAGACUGGGACUCUGACGAGGGGCGAGCUUUCCGUAUCCCAAGAGGAAUACUUCGCGGACGAUGCCGAAGUAGCAAAGUCUCUUUUAUUGGGCCUAGUUGGCGGGAUUAAGCAUCCGGUUUCCACAGCGAUUGCGACCCAUCUCAAGACAAGCGGCGUGUCGGCGUCGUCCGUCGCUGAUCCCCAAGCGCUUGCGGGCAAGGGAGUUGAAGGCAGGUGCUCAGGCCAAACCCUUCGAGCCGGAAAUUCUAGGUGGCUGGGUUUGUCUUCGCAUCCUACUGUCCAGUCUGUUCUAUCGCAAGGCCUAACAGCAUUUUGCUUCACAACCGAUGGCACUCUCAAUGCAGUAUAUGGUCUCGAGGACUCGCUGCGUCCCGACUCUCUAGCCACCGUUUCCAAGCUCCACGAAGCUGGGGUUUCGGUACACAUCCUUUCCGGCGACGAUGACGGGGCAGUGCGCGCUGUUGCUUCCCAGCUGCAGAUACCCGACACGAAGGUCCGCUCGCGAUGCACUCCAGCAGACAAACAGGCAUACAUCCGGACGCUCCUCGAGUCAUCGACCACGUCCAACGCGAAGAACAGGAAACCGGUCGUCGUCUUCUGCGGCGACGGAACCAACGACGCAGUCGCCCUCGCCCAAGCCACCAUCGGUAUCCACAUGUCAACCGGCACCGACGUGGCUAAAUCCGCCGCGGACGUCAUCCUCAUGCGUCCUAGCUUGUCUGGUAUCUUGACUAUGAUCGCCGUCAGCAAGUUAGCGAUCCACCGCAUUGCGUUCAACUUUGCGUGGAGCUUCGUCUACAACUUGUUUGCUAUCUUGUUGGGGGCUGGGGCAUUCGUACAUGCGAGAAUUCCGCCUGAAUUUGCGGGAUUGGGUGAGCUAGUCAGCGUGUUGCCGGUUAUUGCGGCUGCCGUGGCGUUGCGGUGGCGGAAGAUCUAG